UCUUACAGUUUUUACAUUAAGUUUUGAGCAAAUUCAGGUCCACAAUCAUGCAAUAAAUAGUAUUUUGCAAAUUAUGAAAUAUAAAAUCAUGCCACAAGUUUUUCCAGAUAUUGCCGCAAAUUUAGCAGGAAUUCGAACGGGUAUUGACAGUGCAGUACAGAAAAGACCCCAGACAGUUCCUACAGUGCAACCAAUACUUGUAGCAGUCAGUAAGACCAAACCACUCAGUUUAAUCAAGCAAGCAUAUGAUGCGGGCCAGCGUCAUUUUGGCGAGAAUUACCUAAAAGAAUUGGUUGUGAAAUCCAACAGCCCUGACAUGGCUGAGCUCUGCCCUGACAUCAAGUGGCAUUACAUUGGAACCUUCCAGAAGAAAAUGGCAAGCGUGCUCAUGCGCGUGUCGAACCUGCAUAUGCUUGAGACACUGAAUGGCGCCAAAGAGGCAGACGCAGUAAACAGCAGGUGGAAAUCUACUGAACCGUUACAAGUUCUUGUGCAAGUUAACACCAGUGGAGAAGAAAGUAAAAGCGGAGUAACUGCUUCAGAGUGUACGGAACUGGCGGGUCACAUACACAGAAACUGCUCUAACCUAAAACUAGCCGGCCUUAUGACCAUUGGCUCUUUUGGAUAUGACUGUACUCAAGGCCCCAACCCAGAUUUUACCAAGCUGGCAGAGUGCAGAAAAACAGUGUGUAAAGAAUUAGGUAUUCCUGAAAAAGAUUUGCAGCUAAGUAUGGGCAUGUCUCAUGACUACACACAUGCGAUUGAAAUGGGCAGUACUAUGGUCAGAGUCGGUACCGCAAUUUUUGGGGCAAGAGAUUACAACAAAACUGAAGAACAAUAACUCUUGUGUGCUUGCUUAUUUAUUUUAGUUGAAUACACAAAGAAAAACUAA